UUUACGCUCGUUAGGUCGCGCAUGCGCGCCUAUCCGGGCAAAUCUGAGAGUUAAUGGCACGUUAAACAUUUUAUAAAACCCUCUUUUCUUGUAUAUUUCUUGUUUUCAUUAAUAUAACAUUAACAGAUACUUAUCACAUAAGAAAAUGCUGCACAUUGCACGAAAUACAGUCUGAUAAAAAACUGAUCUCAUAUCAUUUUAAAUAAUGAAUGAAAAAUGCUUAACAAUUAUAUUAACUGGUUCGGUAAUAAAAUUAGUCGUUAUGUUUAUAUUGCAAAAAAUUGUAAUGCAAUGCCCAAUAGUCCAAUCCUCUGUAAGAUACGAAGAAGAUGGAUAAAUUUGUCAAAUAGAUAUUCAGCACAUCUGACGACUGAUGUAGAGUAUGAUGUGCCAAUUGAAACCAUUCGCAAUUUUAGUAUAGUCGCACACGUCGACCAUGGCAAAAGUACACUCGCGGAUAGACUGCUGGAACUGACAGGAGCCAUAAAAGCAAAUUCUGGAAAGCAAGUGUUGGAUAAUCUGCAAGUGGAAAAAGAACGUGGAAUUACUGUUAAAGCACAGACAGCUUCACUGUUCUACUCAUACCAAGGAAAGAAGUAUCUUCUAAAUCUCUUAGAUACUCCGGGUCACGUGGAUUUUUCAGCAGAGGUCCAUCGUUCCUUGGUUCCUUGUCAAGGAGUCAUAUUACUAGUGGAUGCAAAUGAUGGUGUUCAGGCUCAGACAGUAGCAAAUUACUAUCUAGCACGAGAAAGAAAUCUCGUGAUAAUACCAGUAAUUAAUAAAAUAGAUUUGAAAAAUGCCAAUCCUGAGAAAGUGGAGGAACAAUUGCAAAUAUUAUUGGAAGCAGAUAUAGAUGUUAUCAAAAUAUCUGCCAAGCUGGGUAUUGGAGUCGAUAAAAUUUUGGAUGCCAUAGUUGAAAGAAUUCCACCACCUGUGGUACACAGAGAUAAGCCUUUCAGAGCACUUGUAUUUGACAGUUGGUAUGACAAGCACAAAGGUACGAUUUCAUUAAUUUAUGUGAAAGAUGGAGCAUUGUCAGUAGGUAAAUAUAUUACUUCUGCACAUAUGAAAAAAUCAUGUGAAGUUAGAAAUAUUUUUCUUCUUCGGCCUCAUACAGAGAAUAUAAAGAGAAUAUUUGCAGGACAAGUGGGUGCUAUUUCAUGUAACAUAAAAUCUAAGGAAGUUAGCAUUGGUGACACAUUGCACCUGCGGAAUCAGUCUGUUGAUUCUUUAGAAAGAUUUAAACCACUGAAGCCAAUGGUAUUUGCAGGCGUGUAUCCAGUAAAUCAGUCACAAUUUAUUUCUUUGCAAGCAGCUAUCGACAAGCUUGCUUUAAACGAUAGCGCUGUGACUGUCACUUUGGAAUCAAGCAUUGCACUUGGAAGAGGAUGGCGAAUUGGCUUUUUAGGUUUAUUACAUAUGGAAGUCUUCACUCAACGUCUCGAGCAGGAAUAUGGGGCAGAGCCGAUAGUUACAGCGCCUGCAGUCACAUAUAAAGCAAAGAUUUUUGGCAGCAAAAAUAUAACAAGAUAUAAAGGCGACACAGUAAUUUUUAAUAAUCCAGCGCAUUUUCCAGAUCCUCAGAUUGUUACUGAAUUUUACGAGCCUAUGAUAAUAGCCACCAUUAUAACACCAGUUGAGUAUCUGAAGGGCAUUAUAUCACUGUGUCGAGAAAAGCGAGGAGUAGAACAAUUGAACAAGAACAUUGGCAAUGACAGACUUAUGUUGCAGUAUGUAAUGCCAUUGAACGAAGUAAUCGUUGAUUUUCAUGAUGCUUUAAAGAGCAUAAGUUCGGGUUAUGCCAGUUUUGAUUACGAAGAUCAUGACUAUCAAUUGUCCAAUAUAGUCAAGUUAGAUGUUCGUUUAAAUGGAAAAUUAGUAGAAGAAUUGAGCAUAAUUGUGCAUGAAGAGAAAGCAGUGCAAACGGGCAAAAAGUUAUGUGUCAAGCUUCAAGAGAUAAUUCCUCGACAACUUUUUGAAAUAGCGAUCCAAGCAGUGGUAGGAAGUAAAGUGAUCGCGAGAGAAAAUUUAAAGCCAUAUAGAAAAGAUGUAACGGCAAAAUUAUACGGAGGUGAUGUUACUAGAAGAAAAAAAUUGCUAGUGCAGCAAGCGGAAGGAAAAAAGAAAAUGAGAAUGAUUGGAAAAAUUUCUUUACCACGAGAUGCUUUUAUAAAUGUACUUAAAAAAUAAUAACAACUUUGUGUUCA